ACAACUACUAGCUAUUCUUAUUGACUUUUCAAAGUAGAACGAUUUAAUUUUGCGAUAAUUCACGCGAAUCUCGUGUUUUGUUGAUAUCAAGUGCAUUGAAUAGUAUUUUUUUACAAAAGAAACGCGAAAAUAAAAGAGAAAGGUCAAAUAAAAGUUUUUAAUAAACAAUAACAAAAAUUUAAUAAUAUAAAAUGGGUUCGGGAGCAUCAAAAAAUGUUCAAGUGACGAAGGAAAUCGGAAAGAAAGUGCUAUCGGCAAGUCCCAAAUCGAAUGGAUAUGCCACCGAAGCAUCUUUUGAGACCAAGCCAUACAAGCUUCAUCGAUUGGAGCAAGGUCCCAGCACAAAUGUCUCCGUAACUCGUGAAGAUGCUUUGAAAUUCUACAGUCAAAUGUACGCCAUUCGUCGUUUGGAGAACGCUGCCGGCAGCUUGUACAAGGAAAAAAUCAUUCGUGGUUUCUGUCAUUUGUAUUCCGGGCAGGAAGCUUGCGCUGUUGGCAUGCGAGGAGCGAUGCGUGAUCAAGAUGCCGCCAUUACUGCGUACCGUUGUCACGGUUGGACCUACUUGAUGGGCGUUUCGUUGCAAGGCGUUUUGUCGGAACUCACGGGACGUAAGCCUGGAUGUGCUCGUGGCAAGGGAGGCUCAAUGCACAUGUACACAAAGAACUUUUACGGCGGAAAUGGCAUCGUAGGAGCUCAAGUUCCUCUCGGAGUUGGCAUUUCCUUCGCACAAAAGUAUCUCGGCAACAAUGGAGUUUGCAUUGCCUUGUAUGGCGAUGGUGCCGCUAACCAAGGACAACUCUUCGAAGUCUACAACAUUGCAAAAUUGUGGAAAACUCCGACAAUUUUCGUGUGUGAGAACAACGGUUACGGCAUGGGAACGUCUGCUGAACGUGCUUCUGCCAACAUCAACUAUUACACUCGUGGCGACUUUGUACCUGGCAUCUGGGUCGAUGGUAUGGAUGUCUUGGCAGUUCGGGAAGCCACUCGAUUUGCCAUUGAACAUGCUUUGAGUGAACAGGGACCUAUUUUGAUGGAAACCCAAACUUAUCGUUAUUCGGGUCACUCCAUGUCGGAUCCAGGCACCAGUUACCGUUCACGCGACGAAAUCCAAGAAGUUCGUCAAACGCGUGACCCCAUCACAUCAUUCAGGGAAAAAAUUACCUCAACUGGCCUCGUUACCGUGGAAGAACUCAAGAAAAUCGAAGCCGAUAUCCGUGCAGAAGUCGAUAAUGCGCAAAAAAUGUCAAAAACCGACCCCGAAGUCUCCAUGGACGAACUCACAACCGAUGUCUACGCCAAUCCAGAAAAUAUUCCCACAAUCCGUGGCGCUAUUCCAACUGUCGAAAUACCUCAUGCAAGAAAGGGCAAAGCUGUCAACUUGUAAAAACCUGAAAAAAAUUUCCAGAUGUUACUUUAACGAAGAAAAAAUUGGGAUUUUAACUUUUUUUUUGUGAUUAACGAACGAAUAUUUCGAAAAAAUAUUCAAAAUGUAAAUUAUUUAUUUAUGUUAGCAAAAUUAACUGCAUAUAAGAAUAAAAUGGAAAGCAUUUUUCUUUUAAAAUAUGAAACACAAACGAAAGUUUCCACUGAAAAAACAAUUGAAAAAAAAAUCUCAACUGCCAUUCAAAUCAAAAGACAAAUACCUAUCAAGAAAGUUUUUUUUACAAUGUUAAAUUUGAAUUCAAUCAUACCUAUAUUAUAUGAUAAAAAGGUCAAAUAGAAAAUAAAUAAAUAAUUAUUACUCAA